GCACGAGAGGCGGCCAUGGCCACAGAAACGCAUGCACCCAUAUCCGUUGUGUCGUGUUCCCCUGCCUUCUCCACGUCCAUACACUUUCGGGACCAAUUCUUGAUAUCAAGAAUCAAGAAGGCAAAUGGCGCACGUUGAACUCGCUGCCAAGGACUUGAGCGCGUCAGGCAGGCGGGGCGGGCCCACGGGGCGCUCUAGAAUUCCCGCACGUUUCCCUCCUGGUCGUCGUUACGCGGCGCAGAGGGAGGACCGGAGCCCACAGCCCAGCGCGCCCGCGACGUGUGCGGUUGCGGUGGGCCCCACCUGCAAGGCUCACAUGCCGGAGCCUAUAAAGCAGCUGGAGGGCGAGGAGUGAGCUCCAGCACUCCCGCGGCGACCACCAACUCAUUCGGAAAACAGAGGAGAGCAGAGGAGGAAGAGGGGCAGCCAUGGAGAUGGGAGACAGCUUCGAGUACUACUGGGAGAUGCAGCGCUUAUUCGAAUCCGACGAGCUCAGCAUCUACCUGAAUGGCGCGCAGGACAACGCGCUGUCCUGCUACGACUCCAGCUCGCCGGACGGGUCCAUGUCCAACUCGUCCUGGGCGCCGGCGGCGACGGCGGACGACGACAAGGGGCCGGGUGCGGCCGCGGCCGAGGGCGGCGUGGGGGAGGGGGCGAACAAGAACAUCAUCAUGGAGCGCGACCGCCGGCGCAAGCUGAACGAGAAGCUCUACGCGCUGCGCAGCGUCGUGCCCAACAUCACCAAGAUGGACAAGGCUUCGAUCAUCAAGGACGCGAUAGAGUACAUCCAGCAGCUGCAGGCGGAGGAGCGGCGGGUGCUGCAGGAGCUCGAGGCCGCCGCCGGCGCGCAGCAAAUGGACAGGGCCGCGUACGAGUACGAGUACGACGAGGGCGUCCUCCUGCAGGCGGAGCGGGCGAAGAAGCCGAAGCGCGCGCCGUCCAUCGCCCCGGCGUCGGCGCCCGUGGAGGUCCUUGAGCUCCGCGUGUCGGAGGUGGGCGAGCGCGUGCUGGUGGUGAGCGUGACGUGCGGCAAGGGGCGCGAAGCCGUGGCCCGCGUGUGCCGCGCCGUGGAGGAGCUCCGGCUCCGCGUCAUCACCGCCAGCAUCACCUCCGUCGCCGGCUGCCUCAUGCACACCAUCUUCGUCGAGUUGGAUCAAGGGGACGACCGUGCUCGGAUGAAGCGCACCAUCGAGGCCGCCCUCACGCAGCUCGACGCCGCCGCCGGCGGGAGCCCCCCGAGUGUGAUGAGCUACUAGCUAGGUCUUCCAACUGACGUCAUCAAGAAGAUAGCUACGGUCGAGCCAGCCAGCCGAUGCUUUUUCUUUUUCUUUUUUUUGAGGGUGUGUUUUUUGUGUGGUACCCUUUCAUCAGCGCCCUCCCUCCAUGUACAUAGGAGGUGUGUUUUUUGAGGCAGCAGGCCAGGAGCUUUAAUUUGUGUGACGACAGGGUUUACAUUAGGAUCGGAGAGAGGCAUGCAGUGAUCGACCUAGCUAGGAGCUGUUAGAGUCGUCUCUCAAAUAAGAAGUGGUUUCACUUUGCCUAAAUCUCAAGGAAUAACACUUAAUUUGACGGCUACAACAAUAACA